CGUUUACGACAUGGCCGUUCAAGAGCAACGAGUGCCUUCUUUUUCUUCAAUCUUAAUAGUUUUGUCUAUUACGUUUUACUGUGUCGGGUUUAUUUUAGUGAGACUGGAGUUGAAUCAGCUCAAGAAGAGAUUAAACGAUUCCGAAAGUGUUACGAAGACAACUGAACUACCGUCUAACGACCUUGCGGACUCUAAAUUCAUCAACAAUGCUCCUGAUGUUCGAUCCCAUGAGGAGAAAAUAACCAAGCGCAAUGCGGAUAAUGCAGUCGUUGGUCAAAACAAGGGGUGCAUGCCUGGAACAAAAGGACCAGCGCUAGCCAGAGACUGUUUCGAUUUAUUGAAAUCAGGCCAUAGUCAGAGUGGAGUGUACUCUGUUGACCCGGAUGGUCAGGGACGCUUCGAUGUUUACUGUGACAUGUGUACUGAUGGUGGUGGCUGGACCGUAUUCCAGCGGAGACAGGAUGGAUCGGUAGACUUCUAUCGAGGAUGGGGCGACUAUAAAGCCGGAUUUGGUCAGCUGACUGGUGAGUUCUGGUUAGGAAACGACAAGAUCCAUAGGCUGACGGCGUGUAGAUGCAGUACUCUGCGAGUGGAAUUGGAGGAUUGGAGCAGUACUAAAGUGUAUGCCAAAUAUGGAAAAUUUGAUAUUGGUGACGAGCAAACACAGUAUCGACUUAGAGUUGGUUCAUAUUCAGGAACAGCGGGAGAUUCUUUAUCAUGGCAUAAUGACAUGGCGUUUACUACAAAAGACAGAGAUAAUGAUAAAGUUAUUCGCAGCGGUUACUUUACAAACUGUGCUGUGCGACACACUGGCGCCUGGUGGUACAAUGCCUGUUACCAAUCUAAUCUAAACGGAAAAUACUUGGGAAAUCAUAAAAAUGACCGAGCAGUUACUUGGCGUCACUUCAAUGGAAAAUAUCUUUCAAUGAAAUCCACAGAAAUGAAAUUGAGGUCCUCAUACUAGAAAAACACCGGUUGAAUCUGAUUGUUUAUUCCUUCUGUGCUGCCUCUACAGAUACGUUACCCAUUCCAUGUGUGCCGCCUCUUCAGAUACGCUUUGAGAUAUACAAAGUGUCGAGAAUAUUUAAGUUGAAUCUAGCAAGGAUACAGCAAUACAAAAUUAAAAGUAUAGUACAGAACUGACAAUUAUUUUAUAGUUAAUGUAAAGGGUCUAAAUAACUGAAAAAUUAUAAAGUAAUUACUGUCGAUUACAAGAAAUUGCUUUUCAAGAAAAGAAACGAGAUUACAUUGUAUAGUGUUAACAAACAUUUCAAAUGCAAUAGAGGGCAAUUAGAAAUUAAGUUUCUCUAACUAAAACGGUCAUAGCCAACUAUAAUAGCGAUGUGAAACGUAAUGCCAGUAUUAGGCAAAUUUAAUGUUAAGCCGAGCUUUCAAGACAUUUUCUUAAUUAGAUCAGGUAAAUAAAUGUAAAUCAUUUGCCUCGAAGAAUUUUUGAAGAAGCACAUUAUGAA